AUGGCGUUCAGAGAGGCAGAAAAUUACAAGCACAUAGGUACAUGGGCUGUUAUGAUAUCCGCUUAUGCUCAGAGUAAGAGUUCUGGAAGGGCAGUCGAUUUAUUUCAGAGAUUGUUUCAGGAGGGUCUGCGACCUGAUACGUUUUGUAGUUCUAGUGUCUUGAGUAUCGUAGAAAGUUUAAGUUUAGGGAGACAGAUUCACUGCUAUACUCUGAAAGCUGGAUUAGUCUUUGAUGUUUCUGUGGGUAGUUCUCUUUUCACCAUGUAUUCAAAGUGUGGUAGUUUGGAGGAAUCGUAUCAGGUUUUUGAGCAAAUGGCAGAGAAAGAUGAUGUUUCGUGGGCUUCAAUGAUUGCUGGCUUUGCAGAACAUGGAUGUGCACAUCAAGCCAUUCAGUUGUUUAAGGAGAUGCCGUUUGAAGAAGCUAUGCCUGAUGAGACAACUUUUACAGCUGUUCUGACAGCAUGCUCUGCUAUUCGUGCCUUGAAGAUCGGUAAGGAAGUACAUGCUUAUGCUAUUCGUAGAGGAGACGGUGAGCAGAUACUUGAUGGUGCACUAGUGAAUAUGUACUCAAAAUCCGGUGCCCUGUGUUUAGCUAGGAGGGUUUUUGACAUGAUUCCUUUAAAAGAUCAUGUUUCAUGCUCUUCCUUGGUUUCAGGGUAUGCCCAAAAUGGGUACAUUAAAGAGGCACUUCAGCUGUUCCAUGAAAUGCUGGUGGCUGAUUUAGAGAUUGACUCCUUCACAAUGUCAUCUGUUCUUGGAGUUGUUGCACAUUUGAAUAGAUCGAGCAUUGGGACUCAAUUGCAUGCCCACACCAUAAAAACUAGCUUGGAGUUGGAAGCUUCCGUGGGUGGUUCAGUGGUCAUGUUGUAUUCAAAAUGUGGAAGCAUUGAUGAUUGCCGCAAAGCAUUUGAGCAGAUAAGGAAACCUGAUUUGAUCAGUUGGACAGCUAUGAUUGCAAGUUAUGCUCAACAUGGAAAAGGUGAAGAGGCUCUAAGAGUUUAUGAACUUAUGAGGAAAUCAGGAACAAAUCCUGAUUCAGUGACUUUUGUUGGCAUUUUAUCCGCUUGUAGCCAUAAUGGUUUAGUUGAAGAAGGCUAUUACUAUCUAAAUUCUAUGGUUGAAGAAUAUGGAAUUGAACCUGGUUACAGACAUUAUGCCUGUAUGGUAGAUCUUCUUGGUCGGUCAGGAAGACUGAAAGAAGCUGAAAGGCUUAUCAAGAAUAUGCCUAUCCAACCUGAUGCUUUCAUCUGGGGAACGCUACUUGCUGCUUGCAAAAUGCAUGGUGAUGUUGAACUUGGAAAGCUAGCUGCUGAAAAGGUUAUUGAUUUGGAGCCAGUUGAUGCUGGAGCUUAUGUCUCAUUGUCAAACAUCUGUGCAGAUGUGGGCCAGUGGGAAGAAGUCCUGAAAAUCAGAGGUGGGAUGAAAGGAACAGGGAUGAAGAAGGAACCUGGAUGGAGUUUUGUAUGA